AUGAUCAAUCUCAGCAACUACGAACACUCGAGUGCGUUUCACGAGUCGAAUGACGAAGCUUGGGCCAACCGUAUAAUCUUCACAUUCGCUAGUAUCCUGACCCAUGUCUUCCAGCCUGAGAAUGGGCCAUCCUUACAGCAAUGGAUGGAGUUGCAGGCGGACGUGGCGAGAUGGAAUUCGUCGAAACCGUGGGAUUUUGCGCCGCUAUGGAUUGAAGAGCUGGGAAGUCCGGGCGAUCAACCGUGGCCGGAAGUGAUGAUGUCGCAGAAUGCGCAAGUUGUGGGAAUGCAGUAUUAUUGCUUGGCUAAUAUCAUACUGAGUAUCUAUGACCCAAGACUAUCAAAACUUGGGUUUGAAGGUCACAGACUCCGAAAGCUCUCAGAGGCGAUAGUCUUAAAGAACCUACGUAUGGUAAUUAGCUUGGCUGUCUGCAAUGACGACGUAGGCUCUGCAAUGUUUCACGCAUCUCAUAUCCUCUCAACCUGCGGGUCCUAUCUCACGGAUCCGAUAGAACGAGAAGGUGCGGUGGAUUUUCUUGCUCGAAUGCAGAGGCAGAUGGGAUGGCACACUUCGCAUAUCAUUAGCAAUUUGCGGGAGCAAUGGCAGUUGUAA